CCAGCGGCAGGGCAAAAUGGGAAAAUCUGCAUUUAAGAUUAGAACACCUGUGUCCAGAUGCGGCCGCCGUCAUUUCCCAGGGGGAAAGUUGUGUAUGUACUGACAUCGAACGGCCCCCAUAGGACAUACUGGAAAUCAAGGCCAAGGACAUCGUUGGAGCCAACAUUUGCUUUGAGUUUCUGCGGCUGCUGACACUGAGCGGGACACUGAUGGCACCUGGCAGAGGCUGCUUGGUCCUAGCCAUUCUGCUGCCAAUUGUGUGCAUCCCACCUGGUGGGUGCAUGCACAUCUUCAGUUCCUUUCAUGAGGAAGGAAAGCAGUUACACUUGAUCUGUAACUUGCGGCAUUUGAAAGAAGAGGCUGAAGGUGUUACAGUGUUUUUGUGCAAGAACAGGUCUUUGGACUGCUCUCCUGAGACCAGCCUGAUGCCGAGACUUCGAGACCCUGGGGGAGAGGGUGUCAGCAAAAGACCAUCUCAGCUGGUGUUCACCCUAAAUCGUACAACAUCGGACAGUGGGACUUACCAGUGCUGCGCCAGAAGCCAGAAGCCAGACAUCCACCUUCGGGGACGCUUUUUCUCUGUUCUAGUCACAGAGACAGGGAGAUACACAGUCACAGGAUUGAAGCAUACCGAACAUCCCACGUUCACUCACAGUCAAGGUACUCCCGGCUCAGGCUUCCUGCAAAAGGUCUGGCUGAUGCUGGUCACGAGCAUGCUGGCCCUUCGAGGAGUGUUCAGAAGAGCCUUAAGCACCUGCAAUGAGGCGGCUACACCUCUGACAUCUAGAUUAUCCCCCAGGACAUGGGUGGAAGGGUAGCCUAGAGGGGGAGACUGAAAUGCGGCUCAGGCCCUGGCCGUCCACAGGAAACCAUCAAACCAACAACGAGUGCAAAAUGGUCCAAAGGGACCCAAGACUUUAUAUUGACUAGAGGGAGAUGGAUGAAACAGUUUCCACUCGAUCGGAGGUCAGACCUGUUUGCCUGUGGGAGAGGCAAAUAAAUAAAUAAAUACAGCUGUCUCUCCCCACUGGACCAACAGAACGCUACAAGUUAAGGCAACAGGUGACAAAGAAACUGGAACUCAUAAUGAACUUUGCCAUUAUAUUUUUGCAUAAUCAGCAACUGAUGCAGAUUUUGCCUGUCCUUGGCAUUCUUAAUUCCAUUUUAUUCAAGCCUUCCUCUAAUCAAUAACUACCAUAGUUUCUGUGUCACCAGAAUGUCAGCUCUAUAAAUGCAGGGACUUUGCCUCAUUUAUCCCAACAAAGACAGUACCAGGCACAUAGUAAGCUCUUAAUAAAUUUGUUUUAAAAAAAUCUGUAUGAUGGGUUAGGCUUUAUAUACGAAGAUUCUAACCUCAUCCCAUGCUUCUGGGCAAACAUUCCCUGAUUACUAAUCAAGAAACAGGCACAAAGAGACUGUUACUCCAAUUCACAGGAAUUAAUACAGGACCUUCUCACUCUAAAACCAUGUGCCCUCAGUAAUUACCUACUAUAUGCUAAGCACCUUCUCUCUCUCUCUCCUUUACUACCCUCCCCAUUCUGAGGUUGCCUCCUCCCAUUUCCAGAAAGAGGACCACCUAGAAUUCCCUACUCCAGCCCCUUAACUGCAAACCAGCAAAAGACCUUAUCCGUGCUCCUUGGCAAAGUGCUGCCAAAUGUUUAAGCCUGUGACAGCUGUCAAGAGAAAACUGGUGAAUAUCAAGCAGUCUGACUCUUUAGACAGAAUUCUUUCCUGAAUCUAAAUUCUCUCAGAUAGUCAGGUUACUCUGUUAGUAAAAUAACUGUUAUUUCUUCGUAAGUAAAACCUCUGAAAAGUACAUUGCAAUCUAUGACCGCUUACCAUCUUUGACUUCCGUGUUACGCUAGAGCAAAAGAUUUCUCUGCUCUUUUCCCCUUUCCAAUCAGGUGCUAAGAACGAACUGUUGAUAGUUGGUGCCUUUUAUCCUUCUCCCCCAACUCAAAACCUAGAACUACGGGAGAGGUGAUGUUCAGGGGUCACCCUUUUGGACACACAUGUUCUCAGGCCCAGAGAGAUCACGUAGAUGGAGUUAUCAUCUUGCACACGACUGAAAGGAGGAUGAGGGAGCUCCCGGGAUCUCUGGGCCUCCCUCUGCCCAUGAAACCACCUUCAGUGAGUGUCCCUGUCCCAGCGCUGUGCUAGCCUGCAGUGUUACACAUGGAGAAUCCACCUGCAACUUUUUGGGUGGCAUAGAUUUCUUCUCUGAUUGCCCUACUUUCCUGCAAGGAGACACCAAAGGUUGGCUUUCCCAACCCCUUCCUUCCUUCUUUCCUUUCCAUCCAAUCCCUAGUCGCAAGGGCCCAAUGAUGAAUGACAUCAGCUAUCUAAGUUGUUUGGCAGUACCACCAAUUUUCUUUUCUUUCUACAGCCUUGUAAGCCUGUGCCAGAAACUGAAAAAAAUAAUAAAAAUAAAAAGUUACAGCAAGAUUAACCAGACUCUCUCUAGCUUGCUGCCUCUCACAUUACCACAUGCAGAGAAGAAAACAGCAGGGGGAAAGAGAGGCUCAACAUGCCAAGAAUCCGGGGAACCGAAGGUGGGGCAAAUGAACGUAUUCCUUGACCUCCUCUCCUCCCUGCCAGACCAAACCUUUCUUCCCAGUCCUGUCGCCACUUCAAAGAACAGCUGUUACAAAAGUGGCUGGUGUACAGUUCUACUCAAACAUUGGAAAAGUAUGUGUGGUUUUGUGCCCAAGAAAAAUGUUUUCCUCCUCCCUCCAGUGAACAAGUAAACCAAACAAAACGAGAACACCAAGAUUUUUGGAAGGAAUUUUUAUUCAACACUGGAAAGAAGAGCAAAGAAACAGGUGAAGAUAGGCAGGAGAAGAAAGCCAGAGC